GCCAAAAAACUACUUCUGGGACAAGAAAAUCUGGAAAAAACUAAGUAAAAACUGACUGAUCCAUUAAACAGUAAAGCAAAGGUAUAACAUGGUACAAUUACUUACAUUCGCGGUUAUAGUUGCUCUACUGCUAGCUGGUAUUUCACUCUAUCGUUAUGGAAACAUUCCUCGUCAACAUAUUGUUGUUACGUUAUCAGUACUAAUGGCAUGGUGCUUUUCAUUUCUCAUUGUAUUUGCCAUCCCACUCGAUGUCACAAAUACCUUAUAUAGACAAUGCUUACAGGAAAAUACCGACAGAGCGGUGCAGACUACAACCUCAAACGUUAAUGCCUCGCCUGUUGAAAUCGUUUCGGUUGGUAAUACCGAGUGCCAAGCACCAUGGGGUAUGAUUCCUGAUUCUGUUUUUCCAAAUUUGUGGCGUGUAAUCUAUUGGACUUCACAAUUCCUCACCUGGCUAAUAAUGCCAUUAAUGCAGUCGUAUUUAAAAGCUGGUGAUUUCACCAUUAAAGGCAAACUUAAGUCUGCGCUUGUCGAGAAUGCCAUUUAUUACAGCUCGUAUCUCUUCAUUUGUGGCAUAUUGUUAAUAUAUAUAGCAGCGAAGGGAGUCUCUUUGGAUUGGCAAAAACUGAAAGCCAUAGCGUCUUCGGCUUCUAAUACCUGGGGGUUGUUCCUGCUGGUGUUGCUGCUAGGUUACGCGCUUGUUGAAGUGCCACGUUCACUGUGGAACAACGCCAAGCCGGGCUUUACCUUAGAAUAUGCUUAUUUCAAAGCAGCUAAACUCAGCACAGAUAAGGCGGAGGCUGAGGAGAUUGUAGAUGAUGUGCUAGAGUCACUACAGGGCAUAAGCCGCGCCGUUCCUAAUAAUCACGAAUUACGUCCCUGUGUAGAAACUAUACUGCGUAAAGUGCCAACUGAACUGUUGGAACGCGCGGUACGCAACUAUACCCGAGCAGGAGGAAAUGGUGGCACCUCAACGAUUGUUCCUUCAGAAAGGGCUUUAGUGCGUAUACAUAAACAAGUGAUAAAAUCCUUACAGACAUUACAACGAAGCGAAUCCCUUUGGAGCGUGCAAGUGCAGAGAGUUUUGCAUUUGGAAGAUGUAUCGCGUAAUAUGCACUCAGCAGACCGGCGAUUUAAAGCUGAAUUCCCACCAAAGCGAACUCAGCUUGGUACUGCCAUUUAUAGCCCAACACUACACUGGUAUUGGGAGUGUUUAUAUAAAUCACCGUUUUUAAAAAUUCUAUGUGUUUUGACUACAAUCAUGUCAUUUAUGGUCGUAUGGAGUGAGCUUACCUUUUUUAAUCGGCGACCAGUUCUGUCCAUAUUUGCGAAUGUUAUUAAUAUGGCCAAGUAUAGUUACGACUUCUUCACAAUAGAGCUAUUUUCCAUGACUGUGCUUUGCUAUCUCUUUUAUUGCACUUACUCUACGAUUCUCCGAAUACGUUUCCUGAAUUUAUAUUAUUUGGCUCCUCAUCAUCAAACCAAUGAGCAUAGUUUGAUAUUUAGCGGUAUGUUGUUGUGCCGACUGACGCCACCCAUGUGCCUAAAUUUUCUAGGAUUAAUUCACAUGGAUUCGCAUAUAAUUAAAGAGCGUAUUCUCGAAACCUACUAUACCCAAAUAAUGGGUCAUAUGGAUGUUUUAGGCAUUAUCUCGGACGGCUUUAAUAUUUACUUUCCAAUGUGUAUGUUGGCAUUUUGCCUCACAACUUGGUUUAGUUUGGGGAGUCGAGCGUUGAACGCUAUGGGAUUUCAACAAUUUCUUCAAAAUGAAACUAUUGCCACUGAGUUGGUACAAGAAGGUAAAGAUCUAAUUGCACGAGAAAAGCGACGGCGACAACGCUCCACUGAAGCCACAUCACGACGAAGAGAUCUCACAUCUGUGACAAACGAAUAUAUUGCUAAGUAUCGUAAUUUAGCAGGACCCAACGCACAAGCUGGGGCCGUUGGCUAUUUACGUUCACCAACGGAUGGUCUGUUAUGUGAUGGGGACAGUUUUAGCUAUGCGACUGUUUCAUCGUCGUUAAACACUCGUGCUCCACCCCUGGGAGUUCCACGCAGUCUGUCUGAAGAAAUUAAUGAACGCUUUGGUGUCAGCAAAAAUGUGGAGGUUGGCUUUAAAGGCACUAGCGACCUCGGUAAUAGUGGCGUCACCUUCGACGAUUAUGGAGACGAUACUGAAAAGCGUAUAGGAUCACCUCCCCGGGGUCUUUUCGACGAUGUCUGAUCUCAAGCAUAUAUGAAUCUGUUAAGCCAAACAUAAUGCAGCAGAAAACAUUAGUGGAUGGUGACAAAAGCAGAAAUAGAACAUAACUUAAUGAGAUUUUUAGCGAUAUUGUAAUUUCGUGUUUCUGAAAGCGUCUCGAUGCAUUAGCACAUGCUUAUCGUCAUAAGGAAGCAUAAAUAAAUUAGGUAAAUUAAUGAUGCUUGGUAGUAUAAGAAUCGUGUGCGACGCGAAAAAACCGAGGGUCUGACAAACAUUUGAAAAAUUUUACUUCAUGGAUUUGCAAAAAAGUUGUAUCUAAAGACAAUUUUAUUAACUUUUCAAAAUACAUAUGUAUGUAUGCAGCUAUUAACUUGCUAUAUUAGCUUUAGCACAUUUAUUGCUUUCGUAGAUAUGUAUGUAUGUAUGCAUAGUAAUCUCUUAACCAAAACGUUUUAAAUCUUCAAAAGAGGCACAACUCAAAAUUUAGCAUUUUUGAAAUUAUUUAAUUUAAUUUAAUAUAUUAAUUUCUAACAAACGUGACGGUGUCCGAUAUGUGUUUACAUAAAGAUAUUCGACUUUUACUGUUUUAAUAGGUUUGUGUUUUGCCACCUUCAGGCAAUA